ACACACACACACAUAUAUAUAUAUAUAUAUGUAUACAUAUAUAUAUCCAUAUUUAAGCAAAUAUACACUUGUAUAUUUUGGGCCCAUACAUGGGAUUUACUAUAUAGAUUUAUUUAGAACGACCAUCAAAACACUUUGUAUAGCACAGCUACGUUUAUUUACUUGGUUGUAAACUCUUACAGUUACUUUUGCUUUGACUCUUUGAAGAUUUGACAUAAGAAGAACAUCACAACUCAAUCAGGGAGUUGUUUUGACACAUAACUCGAGCAUAGAGCUGGCAUGCACUUCAGUACCACCUUCCUCCACCUGCAUUCCCGACGGUUUCCUGUCCGAAAGAAAGUGUCGGAUUUAAGAUGUUAUACAAAAGGUUAUAACACAAGCUUUAACCUUGGUUACAUCAACCAGACAUAUACUUACAGGAAUACUCACACCAACUCAUCUCCCUUGCCGAAGCCUUCUCGGUAUGUUGAUGUGUGUAGUCGGACGGUUGGGAAUGCACCAGGGGUUGGCUGUCACUGUAUCAAUUCAACACCUUCUAAUAGGCUGAUCUGUAGUGCACAGUACAAGUGUCUCUCACGCGAUACAACGGGAACGAGAUGUUCACAAGAUAAAACCCUCCAAAACAGUCACGCAUUAUUCGACAUGCCCGCAUACGCACCUAUGCACGCAAGUGUACAGGGUACACACAUAAAUAUACGGAAUAAAUCAGACACACCAUCACAAGUAGAUGUUCGUGGUUCAUCUGCGAAUGCCAGUACUACUCUGACUACAGUCAGCACCCCCGAUCGUGGUAAAUAUAGUGUACUUCAGACACCCAUGAGGUUUUACAGCCAAUUAUUGGGUUCGAGAUCAACUCUGCCUGCGAUCAGACGAACAGGUUUCACUUCAAAGACUGUUAGUACUCCAUAUACGGCAAGAAGACAUUGCUCUACCGUUUCAACGCCAAUGGUGGGGACGUGC